AUGUCUUCGCCACCAAGAAAGCACGUCGUCUUCGAUAUCGUAGGCACCUGCAUGUCCUACGACGCCAUCCAUCGCGCCAUCGACACCCGUCUCGGUCCCAGGCUUGCAGAGUACAACAUCAAGCCCGCGCUGCUGGGCUUCGCGUGGAUCGAGGCGGCCGAGCGCGAGUACACCUACCUCAGCAUCCAGGGCCGGUAUAAGCGCUUCUACGACAUCUUCCGCAGCCUCUUCUAUCGCAUGCUCUUCAUGGCCGGCGUCCCGGAGCCGCGUGAGCUCGCGACCGACGACGACAUCACCUUCAUCAUGGACCGCUUUCUCGAGCUCGAGGCCCGGCCCGGCAUCAAGGAGUGCUUCGCGCUGCUGCGAGGAGCGGGUUUCACGGUUUGGGCGUUCACGGCGGGCGACGCGAAGCGCGUGGGUGGCUACUUUGAGAGGAACGGCAUCGAGAUGCCCGCGGAGAACCUGCGGAGCUGCGACGCGGACGGGAUCGGGAAGCCGGAUCCCAGGGCCUAUCAGCCCGUGCUGGAGAGCUUCAAUGGCGAGGAGGCCUGGUUUGCCGCGGCGCACAUGUGGGACGCGUCGGCGGCCAAAGGGUGCGGGUUCAGGGGCGCCUGGUGCGCUGUGUACGAGGGGGAGCCAUGCACCGACUUGUUUGGUGAGAUGGAUGUGAUGGCGACCGAACUGCCGGAGAUGGCACGGAAGAUUAUCGCCGCGUCGGAGGGCCAGGAAGCGUGA